AGGAUCACCGGUUCGGAGGAGGACGGAGAGCAGCUCUCCCAAAGAAAAACAAAAAAACAGAACCGGAUUUUGGACCCGCAGAGAUUUUCAAGGAAAGGAGGAGACUCGCGCGCAAAGACGCAGGUGGAUGCUGGGAAGAGAAGCUGCAGGAUGUUUCAGUUCGGGGUACUGUCGGCUCUGGCCACUGCGCUCACAUCCGUACUGUCCGCGCUGCUGCUGCUGGCGCUCACCCGCCAGCUGUGGAGCCUCCGCUGGAGCCUGACGCGGGACAAGGAGAGCAGCCUGCCGCUGCCCAGGGGCUCCAUGGGCUGGCCGCUGGUGGGGGAGACCUUCCACUGGCUGUUCCAGGGGUCAAACUUCCACAUCUCACGCAGAGAACGCCAUGGCAACGUGUUCAAAACCCACCUCCUGGGGAAGCCCCUGAUCCGGGUCACGGGUGCGGAAAACAUACGGAAAAUCCUGCUGGGCGAGCACAACUUGGUGUGCACACAGUGGCCUCAGAGCACGCGCAUCAUCCUGGGGCCCAACACCCUGGUCAACUCCAUUGGAGACCUCCACAAGAGGAAGAGGAAGGUUCUGGCCAAAGUCUUUAGCCGCGGGGCUCUGGAGUCCUACCUGCCCCGGCUGCAGGACACUAUCAAGUCUGAAAUCGCUAAGUGGUGCUCGGAGCCAGGCUCCAUUGAUGUGUACAGCGCCGCCAAGUCCCUGACGUUCCGCAUUGCGGUGGCGGUGCUGCUGGGUCUGCAGCUGGAGGAGGAGCGUAUUGUGUACUUAGCUAAAAUCUUCGAGCAGCUCAUGAACAACCUCUUCUCGCUGCCCAUCGACGCCCCGUGCAGCGGGCUCCGCAAGGGAAUCAAGGCCAGAGAGAUCCUGCACGCCAACAUGGAGAAGAUCAUCGAGGAGAAAAUGCAGCGGCAGCCGACGGAGGAGGAACACCAAGACUUCUUCGACUUCAUGAUGUCCAGUGCCAAGGAGCAAGAUCACGAGCUCAGCAUCCAGGAGCUCAAGGAAACAGCAGUGGAGCUCAUCUUCGCUGCUCACUCCACCACAGCCAGCGCCUCCACCUCUCUGAUCCUGCAGCUUCUUCGUCACCCAGAGGUGGUGGAGAAGGCAGGAGCGGAGCUGGAGGCGGAGGGGCUCGGCUUUGACUCCAGCCAGAGCCCGACGCCGCUGGGUGUGAUGGCGGACACAGAGCAGGAUCCUACCGAGACAACCUGCCUGCUGGACGAUGGAUUCCCACCACCUCAGUCUCACAUCCCGCAUCUGAGUUUGGAGAAGCUGAGUCGGCUGCGCUACAUCGACUGCGUCAUCAAGGAGGUGCUGCGCUUCCUGCCGCCCGUGUCCGGCGGCUACCGCACCGCCCUGAAGACAUUCGAGCUUGAUGGUUACCAGAUUCCCAAAGGCUGGAGUGUGAUGUACAGCAUCCGGGACACUCAUGAGACAGCGCCAGUUUUCCAGAGCCCAGAAUUGUUUGAUCCGGAUCGCUUUGGCCCAGAGCGGGAGGAGAACCGGGCGUCUCGCUUCAGCUACGUGCCGUUCGGUGGCGGCGUGCGGAGCUGCAUCGGGAAGGAACUGGCACAGAUCAUUCUAAAAACUCUGGCGGUGGAGCUGAUUGGAACCUGCAAAUGGACCCUAGCCACACAAAACUUUCCCAAGAUGCAGACGGUGCCGAUAGUGCAUCCUGUCAACGGGCUGCACGUACACUUUUCGUACAAAAACAUGCUUUAGGUUCUUGCAGACUUGAACUUUAAAAAAUAAAAAGUGAAGCAGCUCAUCCAGGAGACAGUGAGAGCUGUUCUUAUUCUGGAAACACUCUGUAAACAAAGACCUCCUGAUGGUUCGGUUCAUCUACAAGAACAGGGUUCACUUCGCGGGCCUGUCAAUGCUCGUUCAACAGUUUAAGUGUGGUGGGAUUGUGCUGAACGACUGUUCUCUGAGCCAGCUCUGUCUUCAAAUAUGUUCUAAGUUAUUAACGUGUUUAGAUGGAAAGUCGAGCUGGUUUUGAAGGUAGGACUUUGUCCAAAGCGAGGUAGAAGCUGGAGAGACAGCAAGAAGGUUCUGUUCAGGGAUAGUCUUCAGACCGGGCUGCUUUUUAACCCAUUGCUCUCUGUGAAUCUCCUUUAUGUUAGUGGGGACAAAGGUACAAAAAUAUCACAAAUUUGAUCCAACUUGUGUCAUCAGUUGUGUCUCAGUGUUUGUAGCAGCAGCGUUUGCUAGACAGGAUAUUUACAGUCAGGAGACAGACUUUUACAGAAUUGAAACCACAUCUGGGUUUUCCUGGUCUUCCCUUUUAAACACACCUGGACUUGCCUCCACAGAAACAUCACAGAGACGCUCUGAGACGGAAGAGACUCAAAAUGAAAUCUUGCACCAAGGACCUGAACUUAUGGGUCAAGCUUCUGCAGCUCAGCUGUUUUUCUGAGGUCCAUCUUUCACAAUGUUCUCCCUUUAUCUGCAUGAAUGUUACAUAGCUCUGUGUAUCAAAUGAAGUAGCAAAUACGAAUAAGCUGUAUUUAAAUGCAAAUGCAAAACAUGUUGUAUUUUAACAGUUUUAGAGACACUAACUUGUAAUGUAAAGGAUCGUAUACGGAAACCUGUUUCUCUGCUAGAACUUAGAAAUUCUUGACUGUUUAGAGCAGCGCAUACUGAGAGUAAAGUUUAAUAAAUAUUGUUAUAAGUGGGGGAAUUUUAGGACAGUUUCUAUGCUGGUCUUUAACCUAACAGAUGCGCUGUGAAGUCUAAUGGGAAGAUGGAUUUAUGGAAGGAGAUAGCACUUUUUUUGCUUUAUGGAGUCUGUACAUAUUUGUCAUGUCUCUUCAGAUGUAGCUGCUGUACACAUGGUGGAAAGAGUAAACAAACAGUAAACAAGUGUUGUGAUUUGAGUUAUACUGAGCUCUUUGUUCAAAAGUAAGUUUCA